GGCGGAGCUCGGGGAGCCUGGCUGGCUGCUGCAGGCGGAGGGCGGGCGGGGACAGAGCCGCCCUCGCUCCGCGCCGCUGUCUCCCGCCGCCGGCCGCCAGCAGCCCGCAGAGGGACGCGGGCUCGGGGCUCCCGCAUAAAAAAUGGCAUUUCAGAAGGCAGUGAAAGGAACUGCUCUCAUUGGAGGAGGUGCCAUAGCAACAGUUUUUGGCCUCUCUCAUUUUUCUCAGUAUAGAAACAAACACUUGCAGGAGGAGUGGAAAGACCUGACUGAAGUAAAAGCGCUGCCUGCAGAGUGUUUUCGAGCUGAGGAGCUGGGAGUGAAAGCACCAGCACUACCUCUGAGCAGCCCAUCCUCAGCACAGUGCUGGUACCAGCUCCUGGGUGCCCUGGUGCAGGUGCAGGCUGCAGAGGGUGCUCCAGCGAGGAAGGACCAUCUCCCCACGAGGGAGCAGCAGCUGCUGGCCCUGCAGAGCGGCGAGGAGUUCGACGUGCUGGUCAUCGGCGGGGGAGCCACGGGCUGCGGCUGUGCCCUGGAUGCAGCCACCAGAGGACUAAAAACAGCCCUUCUAGAAAGAGAUGAUUUCUCAUCGGGGACCAGCAGCAGGAGCACUAAAUUGAUCCAUGGUGGAGUGAGGUACCUGCAGAAGGCCAUCAUGAAGCUGGAUUUCGAGCAGUACAGGAUGGUGAAGGAGGCUCUGGAGGAGCGUGCCCACCUGCUGCAGAGCGCGCCCCACCUCUCGGCCCCGCUGCCCAUCAUGCUGCCCAUCUACAAGUGGUGGCAGUUGCCUUACUACUGGAUUGGGAUCAAGCUGUAUGACCUGGUGGCGGGCAGCCAGUGCCUGAAGAGCAGCUACGUGCUGACCAAGGCCCGGGCCCUGGAGCUGUUCCCCAUGCUGCGCCGGGACAAGCUGGUGGGAGCCAUUGUCUACUACGACGGCCAGCACAACGACGCCCGCAUGAACCUGGCCAUCGCCCUGACCGCCGCCCGCUACGGCGCGGCCACCGCCAACUACACCGAGGUGCUGCGGCUGCUCAAGGGCCCCGAGAGCGGCCGCGUCUGCGGCGUGCGCUGCAGGGACGUGCUCACCGGCAAGGAGUUCGAUGUCAGAGCCAAGUGUGUUAUCAAUGCCACGGGACCUUUCACAGACUCGGUCCGCAAAAUGGAUGAUCAGGAGGUGCCCAACAUCUGCCAGCCCAGCGCCGGCGUGCACAUCGUGAUGCCCGGGUACUACAGCCCUGACAACAUGGGGCUGCUGGACCCGGCCACCAGCGACGGCAGAGUGAUCUUCUUCCUGCCCUGGGAGAAGAUGACGAUCGCGGGGACCACGGACAGCCCCACGGACGUCACCUCCCACCCCAUCCCCACGGAGGAGGACAUCAACUUCAUCCUGAGCGAAGUGCGCGACUACCUGGGCCCCGAGGUGGAAGUGAGAAGAGGAGAUGUGCUGGCAGCCUGGAGCGGCAUCCGGCCCCUGGUCACCAACCCCGACUCCAAGGACACGCAGUCCUUGUCCCGGAACCACGUCGUGACCAUCAGCGACAGCGGCCUCGUCACCAUUGCAGGUGGGAAGUGGACAACCUACCGUGCCAUGGCCCGGGACACCAUCGACGCGGCCGUGCGCGAGCACAAGCUGCAGGCAGGCUCCUGCAGAACCAUGGGGCUGCAGCUGGAGGGGGCCCAGGACUGGAGCCCCACGCUCUACAUCCGACUGGUGCAGGACUACGGGCUGGAGAGCGAGGUGGCUCAGCACCUGGCUUCCACCUACGGGGACAAGGCUUUUGAGGUGGCCAAAAUAGCCCAGGUGACGGGGAAGAGGUGGCCUAUUGUUGGGAAACGUCUGGUAUCUGAAUUUCCUUACAUUGAAGCUGAGGUGGUGUACGGCGUGAGGGAGUACGCGCGCACGGCCGUGGACAUCAUCUCCCGGCGCACCCGCCUGGCCUUCCUCAACGUGCAGGCUGCCGAGGAGGCCCUGCCCCGCAUCGUGGACAUCAUGGGCAAGGAGCUCAGCUGGUGCGAGCAGAAGAAGAAGGAAGAGCUUGAAACCGCUAAAACAUUCCUGUACUACGAGAUGGGCUACAAGGUGAAAACAGAUCAGUUAACAGAUCAGUCUGAAAUCAGCCUGGUGCCUUCAGAUAUCGAGAGGUACAAGAAGCGCUUCCGCAUGUUUGACAAGGACAAGAAGGGCUUCAUCACCAUCCUGGACGUGCAGCGUGUGCUGCAGAGCAUCAGUGUGCAGAUGGACGAGAACACCCUCCACGAGAUCCUCAACGAGGUGGAUCUCAACAAAAACGGGCAGGUGGAGCUGAACGAGUUCCUGCAGCUGAUGAGUGCCAUCCAGAAGGGCCGCGUGUCGGGCAGCCGGCUGGCCGUGCUGAUGAAGAGGGCCGAGGAGAACCUGCGCCGCCAGGCCAUCCCCGUGGACCGCAGCGGCGGCGGGCUCUGAGCCGGGCACUGCCCAGAGACUGCCCGGUGUCCUGUGCCGCGGUUCCUGCUGCCCUGAGACUGCCCCGAGACUGCCCAGUGUCCUGUGCCGCGGUUCCUGCUGCCCAGAGACUGCCCCGAGACUGCCCAGUGUCCUGUGCCGCGGUUCCUGCUGCCCAGAGACUGCCCGGUGUCCUGUGCCGCGGUUCCUGCUGCCCCGAGACUGCCCUGAGACUGCCCGGUGUCCUGUGCCACAGUUCCUGCUGCCCAGAGACUGCCCGGUGUCCUGUGCCACGGUUCCUGCUGCCCCGAGACUGCCCUGAGACUGCCCGGUGUCCUGUGCCACAGUUCCUGCUGCCCAGAGACUGCCCGGUGUCCUGUGCCGCGGAUCCUGCUGCCCAGAGACUGCCCGGUGUCCUGUGCCGCGGAUCCUGCUGCCCAGAGACUGCCCAGAGACUGCCCGGUGUCCUGUGCCAUGGAUCCCUGCUGCCCACUGUCCUGGCACACCGGGUAAGGGCUGCAGGGCGCUGGGCACGCUGCCCGGGCACCACCUUCACCCUGCGAGCUCACAGGGAUCCUAAACCUCUGCCAACACGACAUCCCCGAGCUGCUGCUGCCUCCCCAGCGAGCAGCCAGAGAGGGAAAGCUGUGUUCUGCAGUGGGGACACCGUCCCAAAGAGCACGUCCUGGGGUGAGCUGCUGCUCUGCCCUGAGCCCGCUGUGCCUGCUAGCUGUGCCCUGGUACUGCCAGCACUUGGCCUCUCGGAAAUUCCAGCUGGAAAACAGACACCUGCACUAAUCACCCGAGGUAAUAACGUCGCUGAAAGCUGGGCACAGCUUCCCUUCUCCCCUGUUAACACAAAUAAACUGCCUCUAAUAAA